CUGAGAGUUCAUUCACAGAACAUAGUUCAUUUGAAAUUCACGUUUACCUUGUUAUUAUUGUAUUAUGGACGACGCAAGAACAGUUUGGUGUGGAAAUUUAUCAAAUCAAGUAACUGAGGAACUACUUUAUGAGCUUUUUCUUCAAGCUGCCCCUUUAGAACGAGUUAAAAUACCGACGGAUAAAGAAGGUAGAAGAUCAAAUUUUGCUUUUAUCACAAUGAAACACGAAAUAUCUGUGCCAUAUGCUACCCAACUUCUAAACGGUACGAGUUUAUUUGAAAAAAAAAUAAAUGUGAAACCUAGACAAGCUCCACAAAGCCAAUCUAAUCAAAGAACGAUGAACUUACCAAUGCCACAUACUUCUCAAAAUUAUAGGGACAGGGAAGAUGAUUACAGGCAUGACAGUAGGGAUAAUAGGCGUGAUUACCACAAACAUGAUAACCGAGAUAAUAAACAUAAUGAAUAUGGUAGACACCGUAGAAAUUAUAAUAGGAAUUACCAUGAGAGAAAUAAUAGUCGGAAUAGAUAUUAGAUAUGACAAAAUAUAUGUUUAUUAAUUUUAUUUUCAUGUACCAAAUUUACUGAAUAACCAAGUAAAUGUAAGAUUUUAAAUAAAACA